AGAGCAUUACCACACUGAUGAGAAGAAAAGGUGAAGGUGAUAUUUCAUCCACUGUUCCCAGUACAUCCUCUCCUUACCUGACCUCUGAAAUGGAGCCAUUGGCCUUGAAAAGCCUGGCGUCUAAAAUUAAUAUUCUUCUCCAUCUGACUAAGAAGGCAACAGCUGAGCAACAUGAGAUCAAGGAUGAUAUUAGUUUAAACAGGGGCUCAAAGUGGCAUUUGAGAGAGAGGAUACUUCCUUUCGGAGUGGACACUUGUCUUUUCAGAAGAAUUAUACCGGCGGAGAGUAAAGACCUUUCCCAGAGAAUUGUGUGGUCAUUUUGAACUCUGCAAAACUUCCCUUAUCUGCUGGAAAUUACACUCUGCACUUGAAGUGGUCCAAACCCUAGGAUGUCCUCCUAUACGUGUCAAGAGGAAGGCACGCUCAAAGCUCAUGAUUGCGUCUUAAUUUACAAAUCAGAGACGGAGGGAGAUGAAAACCACACUCCAGACAGUAACUUAAUCGGACUUACCACCAGGAUGUUAAAAGUGAAGAGGCUGGAAGAAAUGAACACAUGUUACAACAGUAACAAACUGGAGAAAAUGGCCUUUUUCCACUGCAUGGAAAAGGUUGAGAAAGUGAAAUGUUUUCUGGAAGAAAAUUCUAGCGAACAGGAUUCAAGAUCCGGAAAGAAUGAGGCUAAGGAGAAGACAUGGUCACACCAUGGCCCGAAGGAAACAGUACCUGUCAAAGGCAAAAGGACAUCCACUCUCACAGAGAGAUCUUCCCAGAAGAACCAGCCCUCCUCUGAGAAAGAAAAAGUUAAUAAACUCAACGAGAAAAAUUCUGAGAAGACCAAUGCCUCUCUAAUUCAGAGAAGUUUUGCCACAUUUCAUACAGAAAGACCACAAGACGAGAUAGAAGAUUUUGCUCUAAAAACUUCCAUAGAGCCGAGAGGAAAUGUAGACACAAGAGACAUUUUGAGUGCAAAGAGACUGAACAGACAAGAAGAUAAGAGUCCUGGAGAUGAUACACAAGCCACUGUGGAUAAGAAUGAAUGUCUAGUGUUCAAAGGAGAGAAAUGUGGGCUUCAUUCUAAAGAAGAUACUAGCAAAAGCAAAGUUGAAAUGAAAGAAGGACCAGCAAAUGAAACAGUGUUGGACAAGUGUGCAAAUAAAAAGCAGUGUGUUGAUAAAACUAACAGUGAUCAAUCCUGUGGAAGGUGUAUCAGCAAUGUAGAAGCCAUUUCUGCAUCACGAACCCCGGAAACCCCAGAAAUAGCACCCAUUUUCAAGAGUGCUGAGCAAGCGGAGCACACUGGCAGCAGCAAGAGGAGGGUGAUGGACGAGUGCUUCACCAAAGAGGACAACAAAAAAAGCAGAAUAGAUGUAGUGAGUCCAGGUGAAGGACACGCAUUUAGGACACAGGAAACCAGACAAGCCCGAGGAGGCUUCCAAGGCAAACCCCUGGAGUCCGCUGGAAGUAAGACCUCCAGGCAGCAAGAUCUGGUGACCCCAUUGGAUGAUGUCCCAGCUCCUCCUGCCCCAUUUAAUCACCGUAUCGUGACAGCCAAACAAGCAGCCGUCAACAGUUUUUAUACCGUGAGCAGAACGGAAAUUUUAGGAGGGGGGCGCUUUGGCCAGGUUCACAAGUGUGAGGAGAAAGCAACAGGUCUGAAGCUGGCGGCCAAGAUCAUCAAGACCAGAGGCACAAAGGAUAAGGAUGAAGUGAAGAACGAGAUCAACAUCAUGAACCAGCUGGAUCACGUGAACCUCAUUCAGCUUUACGAUGCCUUUGAGUCUAAGAAUGACAUUGUCCUGGUCAUGGAGUAUGUGGAUGGAGGGGAGCUGUUCGAUCGCAUCAUCGAUGACAACUACAAUCUGACCGAGUUUGACACCAUCCUGUUCAUCAAGCAGAUAUGUGAGGGCAUAAGACACAUGCAUCAGAUGUACAUUCUCCAUUUGGAUCUGAAGCCUGAGAAUAUCCUGUGUGUGAAUCGGGAUGCUAAGCAAAUAAAAAUUAUUGAUUUUGGAUUGGCCAGAAGAUACAAACCCAGAGAGAAGCUGAAGGUGAACUUUGGAACUCCAGAAUUCCUUGCCCCUGAAGUCGUGAACUAUGAUUUUGUUUCCUUUCCCACUGACAUGUGGAGUGUGGGCGUCAUUGCCUAUAUGCUGCUUAGUGGUUUGUCCCCCUUCCUGGGUGAUAACGAUGCUGAGACCCUGAACAACAUCCUGGCCUGCAGGUGGGACUUAGAGGAUGAAGAGUUUCAGGACAUCUCCGAGGAGGCCAGGGAGUUUAUCUCCAAGCUUCUGAUUAAGGAGAAGAGUUGGAGAAUAAGUGCAAGCGAAGCGCUCAAGCAUCCUUGGCUGUCAGACCACAAGCUCCACUCAAGACUCACCACACAGAGGAAGAAGAAUUGCUGCUCGAAUGCAAAGGACCUUGUGACCAAAUAGUCCAUGGAAGGCACCCAUUUGAAAGGAAAACUGCUGCGGUUGCUGCUGCUUUGGGAAGAUUUUUGGAAAAAUCAGCAGUUCUGAUGCCUUGACCCCAAUGAUGACGGGUGGCGAUGGGGGUGGGGGAGCCGCUGCACUUGAACUCCGAGCGCCUGCUUAAGGCCGAUGCCUAGUGUCGUGUCCCGGGGAUGCAGACAAGCCCCGGAACCCUUUGCUCACAUCCCUACACCCCGUGAUAGUCCACAUUUGGGAAGAUGUUUCCCUGACAUCUUGAGUUUCCAAUGCUUUUGAUUUUAGUCACUGGGAUGAGGGACGCAUUAUUCUUGCUCAUCCUCAGCUACUAGAGCAAUCGGACUGAAGAUGUCUUUGAGACAUUUAAACCUGGAGGAGGAUACAUUUAGAGGCAGAAAACUGCUUUCGGUCCUUAAACUAUGCCUUUCAAAGAGGUGACCAUAUUGCCAGAAGAAAAUUCUGUCUUUUGCACCCUUGAACACUUGGUUUCUUGGACUUCAUUAUUUUGAUUGGGUCUGAAAUCAGGUGAAUCCAAUUGAUAAAUAAUUUGCUUUCUGGAACUCAAGCUGUUUUUGAAUCCCGAGGCAAGAGGCAUCAGGCAUCCUACCUUCCACUUAUUCUGAACUUUUCUCCCAGUUCAUCCGUUUCUUCCGAGCAGCGAGUCUACUUUCAAAUGAGUGACGUGCACUUCACAAGGCAGCCCCGCUCUCUUCUGAUUGAACAUUCACGUGCAAGAAGUGCACUAGUUUUCACAAGUGGAGCAAGAGGUGUCUGCUGACAGUUAGUCCUAGAAUUACGACCUUUGGGACGAUGGUAACAGUCUCGAGGGCUUGGCCCGAGCUGCGAUGUCAACGAGCGAUGGGUCAUGAGCAUCCUAAGGCAGGGCGGCCCUUCGCCUCCGGUGUUGAAAUGAUUUUGGAAAUAGCGUUCAGGUUUCUGGGUCAACUCCAACAUUUUUGAAGACCAACCAUCUCACCUCUGCAUAGUCUUGCAUGGCUCAGUGGUUGUGAAGAGAGGAACAUUCAGAAACCGGGAGGUGAGGAGGACACUCCUGCUUACCCCUUGGAUAUGAGGAUGACUUCCAGUUGGAAGCUUCUUCUUGUUCCUGAGCUCAUGCGCCAUUUCAUUACAGAUUUCUAAUAAUGGAGAUGAGUCCUACCAUAUGUAGCACAGAAAGGCACAGGGCGUCUCAAGAGUGAAACGUGUGUGUCCUUUCUUUAUGAAGAAGGGGCCGUGCAAAGCCACACUAAACUCCUGUCACACCUCGAGCACCACACUCACCAUUCAGCUUCUUUAGCUUUCCUCCUAUUUCCCAUUUCCAAAUAACUCCUGUGUUAAGAUUAACUGUAAGAAUGUCUUUAUUUUUGGCUGUAAAUGACUCGAGGCUGGGGCAGUCACAGUAGCAGUGACAGGUAAGGAGAAUGCCUUCAUGGCCGUAUUAGGGAGGGCAGUUUGAAUUGGCAUGGCUUUUCUCCAUUAUUGCUCAGACCCGCCUAGUGGAUCCUUCUGGCAUGCCCGUGAAGAACUGUAUGUGCAAUGUUCUUAUUCUCAUGUGCAAGGUAAAAGGGAAGUAGAGACAGAAGAAAAUGUGUAAUUUAGUUCAGACCACAUGCCAAUUUAGCGGUCAUGCUAGCUAUAAAACUGACCCCUUUCUAGCUUUGCUCUUACAUUAUGAUGCAUUUCUUUUUUCCUUUGGCCUAUGCAUUUAUCCAAGGUUGGUUUUCUCCUGUUCCUGUUAUGUGACUAUGCUUAAAAUGUUUAAUUUGGUUUCCUUAAAAAAAACACACAUAUAAAAAAACACACACACACACACAACAAAGCCCUGUGACUGAAGUGUUCUAUUACUGUGCUAUCUUUAGCUGAUGGUAUUCAUCGAGUCUGGAAAAAUACAAGCCAGUGCAUGCAUUAAUACUCAGACCGCAGAGAGCUGGCAUUCACUCAAAUGCUAAAUAAGACGCAAGGGUCUGAUUUGAAACCCCUCAUGGAAGGGCGUUUUCUAUCCUGCGGUGUGGAAUCUCUACCAGAUAGAGCAGGAGGUCUUUUGCAUCAGCUCCCAUUCUGACUCACGUUGGCAGAGAAACGUUUACCAGACCCCAACACACAUGGGAGAGGCAGCUUAGGCCGAUGAAGGAAUGAUAGCUUUGUCAGAUUAAUCCACUAAUCACCCUGCAGUCAGUGGGUGUGAUUUCUUUUUAAAACUGGUUUAGAAAGGAGACUCUACUUUCAAAACGGGUCUCCUUUGAAUUUGGAGUUAAAUUUCCACAUUUGGAUGGGGAGGCAUCCCCAUGCCAGCAGGGCGCCUUUUAUGUGAGAGCUGAGGAUAGUUUGCAUUGCAGAGUUGAUUAUUACAGUCUAGAGUUACAGCGAAAUGGGAGCAUUUCGGUCUCCUGCUCAUCCUGUUCCCUCCCUCCACACCCAUGUGGGGCUGCUCCAGCGAGGACUGCUAACUUGGUCGAUUGCCACUCUGAUGGGAAAGAGGGCUUUGCACAGCGGAGGAAUCCAGCCAGAUGCAAGCAUGGACCAGAGAAGCCGAGUCUGGCUAGACGAGGGCUAUUGUGAUUAACUUUUCCAGGAAGUCAUCAGGACUGGAUAGCCUGCAUUGCUCCUCCACCCUCCUAAUGGGCCUUAUGGCUUCAAGUCGCUUGCAUUAGGAGUAGCCCUUUCUUUAGAAAAAGGUGGAAUUCAGCACUGAUGUGGCACGUCCCACUGCCUGCAGAGAGAUAAACCCCACGAGGGAGUCAAGAAAAACCAUGCCCCCAUUUGUAAUUUGUAAGAUACCAACACUUCCCCAGAACCUGUUGCUAUUUAGCAAUCAGGGAGAAGAGAGCUCAUGCCCCCGUCGGUGACAUGGAAACGUCUGCAAAGGAUUCUCACCUGAAUUAACCUUGGGGAAAGAUUUCUAGGUUGAAACUGGGUAAUUCUCAUGUUUGUUUUUAGUCUGCCUUGGUAUAUUUUGCUUUCUUUCCUCGAAAAUGUAAAUAGGCAUGCUGCUUUGUUGUGGCCUACUUUGACAUGAAUGUGUUUUGGAAGAUGAGUGAAUUACUACAUUUUCACCGUUUCUAAGGAUAUUAGCAUAGCAAAACUUUUUCGUGUUUUAAAAAUCAAAAUACGUAUUUGAUAUUAGGGAAAUGAGGGUCUUAUUCUUGAUUUCAUUCCUUUCUUCUUCCUUCUGCUCCCACUACCCCUACUCUAGACAUGAGGCAAAUGGUGUCAGGAUGCAUACAUGAUACAUGUGUUUGUUCAGUUUGGAUGACAGGCCAGCUGAAGGAACCUCAUUUGGGAAGUCCAUCUGUGCGAGUGUGCCAAGAGGGUGAGGCAGGUGUCUGUUCCCUGGCCAUUUCAGUGUGGGUGCAGGCUGUGCCUUCACUGCGGCUCACUUCUCAACAGCCAUGAUGCUGCCUAUUUUGCUUUUGCUUUAUCUUUUUUAUUUUUAUUUUUUAUUUUUUUGCUUCUUUCUCUUUUUCUUCUGUUAGAAUUAAAGUCCAUCUUCUUAUCCAUCACAGUGCUCCCCUAAAGCCUUUUUGGGAUAAAAAUGAUAUUUCCAAAAGGCAAAUUGCUUGCUGUCCUAAAGGAAGCUUGAAGCUGGACUAUUAGACUAUUAGGUGCUUGCGUCCUGGAUGAAGGCGCCCUCCUUGCCUAGCAUGAGGUCAAUAGUUUCUCCCCGUAGAAGUUCUACAUACGUCUCGGAGCUCCAUUUAGUCAGGUGUGCUUUCCAUAAGUGAUCUUUAUGUGGGUAGUUUCACCUUCCAUGAAGGCUUAUAACUCAACAACCACUUAUUCAAAAGAGCAAAAAACAUCUAAUACCUGAGUGUUCCUACCUUGAAUUGUAUGUGUUUUGUAGUUGUCCCAGCUGAUAGAUGUCAGUGAGUCCUUUUGAUGAGGUUUAGGGGUGUAGAUAAGAAAUAAAAAUGGAUUCAUAAUAUGGUGAUUGCAUAUGUCAUGUAUAUUUUUUAUUUCUGAACAUAGUCUCAUUCAGCUGUAUUUCUUUGCCUUAUGAAGAUGUAUAACAGUCACAUAUGUGUAUUAUACUGAAGAAUAAACACGGACCUUAUUUAUCCUUUG